AGCGUUCCCUUUCUGAUGUAGUGUGUUUUGUUGGACACACCUGUUUCGGUGCACGGCUGAGUGACACAACCGCGAAGCAACCGUGCGGUUAACUUGUUUCGAAGAAAGAGUGUUCUCUGAAGGGCUGUACUCACGUCUUCCUGGAGAAACUCCACAGACUUCAGCGUACCGGGUGGUGUUCACGGGCCCAGAGGUCACAUUUACAGACCACAAUUGUCACCUGUUGGAGAGCAGGACAGAGGGACCCAGGUGUGGUCUGCGCAGUCACGUCUGGCUUUUCAUUACCUGAAACCGAGCAGCAGCAGGAGGAGUAGGAGGAGCAGAACUGAUCUCCAGUGAAAGGAGGUGAAAUCCAGGGAACUGAAACAUAAAGCACGCUCAGGUCUGUAAAAGGAGUCAGUAUUUUCAGACAAAUAACCCGGGUUUUCAGCUCUUAGAAGGAAAUUAUGCCAACGAAUCCGGCACACCAGACACAAGCUGUAAACACCGUGGAAAGGUCUACAGCCUAUUACGCGAAUUGUGGCUUUCAUGAGGGGGAGGGGUGCCCCCCCGAUGCACCCCAGCGUCCGCUCCACAGCCUUCCUGUGUACACCCUACGGACAGCCAACCCACCGUCCACCUUGACCCCUGCAGGCAUGCAGUCUGACCCCACACAGAGCAGGACGACGAAGGGUGCGAGAAAGAAGCGCAGGCUGAUGGUGGUGCUGCCUGUUGUGGCCGUAUGCCUUCUCCUGGCGGUCGCAGGGGUUCUGCUGUGGUAUUUCUUGUGGCACAACUGCAGCUGCAAGGUGAGGUGUGCGGACGGAGGCCGCUGCGUGGACUUCUCCCAGUGGUGUGACGGAACGCCACACUGCCAGGGGAGUCAGGAUGAAGCCCAAUGCUUUCGCCUCUACGGAACCGACUUUGUGCUCCAGGCGUAUUGGGCCCCGAGCGGCUCCUGGAAGGCCGUGUGCUUUGACGGCUGGAGCGAUCAACACGGCAGGGCCACGUGUAUGCAGAUGGGGUACGAGGGAGAGACCUACGUCAGCAGCACACGAUUGCAGGACAGUCCAGAGGUAUCGGAUGGCUACGUGAGGCUGCAGCCGGGAUGGACAUCAGGAGAGCUGGUACAGAGGUACCUCACUAGCAGUGACUCCUGCCCGGAUGACUCCAUCAUCUCACUCCGAUGCAUUGACUGCGGCUCUCGACCCGCCGUCCCGACGUCGCGUGUGGUCGGGGGGCAGCCGGCCCAGAGAGGGGCGUGGCCCUGGCAGGUCAGCCUGCAUGCUGAAUCGAAGCACCUGUGCGGCGGCUCCAUCGUCACACCCCGCUGGGUCAUCACGGCCGCGCACUGCGUACACGAGCGCCCGGACCCAGGGAAGUGGACCGUGUAUGCCGGCUACCUCACUCUGAGCGAGAUGUAUUCUGCCAGCGGCAGCGCCGUUUCACUCGUCAUCUCCCACAACUACAACAUCCACACGGACGAUAACGACAUCGCUCUGAUGAAACUGGCGGGGCCCCUCGUCAUGUCAGAUACCAUUAGGCCGGUGUGUCUGCCCAAUGAGGGUCUUCAGUUCGUCCCGCCACAGACGUGCUGGAUUUCUGGAUGGGGGGCCACCAUAAGCGGGGGUAAUCCGUCGAACAGGCUGAAUGAAGUCCAGGUGUCGCUGAUCAGCAGGGACACGUGCAACAGUCCUCAGGUGUACAACGGCCAGAUCACGAACUCCAUGAUCUGUGCAGGUGACCUGGAUGGAGGAGUAGACGCCUGUCAGGGGGACAGCGGCGGUCCCCUCGUGGUUCAGCAGGGCCCGCUAUGGUGGCUCGUAGGGGACACCAGCUGGGGACUGGGAUGUGCCUGGAGGAACAAGCCGGGGGUAUAUGGCAAUGUGACCUACUUCCUGGGGUGGAUCUAUGAGCAAAUGCAGAAUAAUUAAUGGGCCACAGAUAUGGACACACCUGGGCUGAUAAAUCCAUGAAGGUUGUUGUUUUUCCUGAUCAGAAUCUCUUCUCGGUGAUUUCUGUUCUAUUUCUAUGUCGUACCUGGCUGUUUCACUAACCACCCUCUGUCACCCAGUUCCCGCCCACAUACGUCCGCAGCACCCCCACCUCACCGGCUCUUUACUUUACACAUGAUGGAAUUCCUGAGUGCUGAUGGCGAUUGGAGAAUUGGCACACGCCUCACUGGCAGCAACCAAUGACCUGCAGGAACCUGACAGGCACUUGUCCAAUCACAAUUGCCAGACCUGUUAAACCCCGCCCCAUAACUCCACCCCCAACCCUUUUAUCUCAGAUCUAGUAUUGUGUCAAAUAUUUAUGUUUACAGGAUUUGUUUACUCAGGGAAGAUAAGUUUUGAUUUUGUCUGAAGUGUCAGGCCAUGAAACUCACUUUCUAAUGUAAUACAUUAAACAGAAAAAAAUUACUCAUUUGUACAUUGCUUUAGAGAAAAUGUAAAGGCAAUAUCUCUAUUUUUCUAGUACAACUUUUGCAUUUUGGCCAUAUUUGCAGUUAUGGAAAUGAACAAAGGUGUUUUUAUACUGUGGAGUCUUUUGGUUCUGGCUAUGGAUUAAAUAAUACAACUUUGUUAUAUUAGAAAUGAACCACACAGUUGUUUUUUGUAAUUAAAUCACUUUUCAGUACAACUCAAAUUGACAUCUCUAGAGCAAGUGUUUUGAGACACUCCAUGUCAAAAUAAAAAAUUAUG